UUGGUCUCUCGCUUCCUUUGGGAGACUCAAAUUAAAAGGCAUGGGGAAUCGGUCGCUCUGUCUUCUUAUACUAUCCAAACCCUAGAUUGUUUUGUGCUAGCAUUGCAUCCCGGAGCUCACAUUGGAUCGCAGCUAUGGCUACAGGGGCUGCACGCCGUGGUGGAUCGCGUCUCGCGAAGCAGUUUGCGGAGAAAUUGACGCUUUCUUCGUCCGUAGGGGCUCAGAAUGGGGGAGCUAUGGGGUCUCCGUGGGGGGUGCAAUCAGGUGUGGGAGCGGGUAACGAGUUGAUACCUUUUGGCGUGAGGUACGCGUCGAACCAGGCGGUGCGUAAUCGGAUGCGUUCCGUAAAGAAUAUCCAGAAGAUUACCAUGGCUAUGAAGAUGGUCGCCGCGUCUAAGUUGAGGACUGUGCAGGUGAAGGCUGAGAACUCGCGGGGGUUGUUUCAGCCGUUCACUGCGUUGCUAGGAGAUGCGCCUGCCGUUAUGGGGAACAAAACUCUCGUAGUGACACUUUCGACCGAUAAGGGUUUGUGUGGAGGUAUCAACUCCACCGUGGUGAAGUACUCGCGAUCUUUGUUGAAGUUGAAUCAGUUGAAUGGCGAGGGUCACGACACCAAGUUCGUGAUUGUGGGAGAUAAGGGAAAGGCUCAGUUGCAGCGGGAAUAUAAGAAGCUCAUCAGCACAUACAUCACUGAGACUCAGAAGGUGUCGAUCAAUUUCACCCAGUGUGCCAUGAUUGCCGACGAGAUCAUCAAGUCGAGCGAGUAUGAUGUCAUCAAGGUGGUGUACAACAAGUUCAAUUCCGCUGUUUCUUUUCUUCCUACCGUAGCGACAUUGCUCUCUCCGGAGACGCUGGCAGGAGAAGAAGCACAGAAGAUCGGUAACCUUGAGUCUUAUGAAACCGAGGGAGCCGAAACUCAGGGAGAAGUUCUUCAGAACCUUGCCGAAUUCCAACUGGCUUCUGUGCUCUACAAUGCCAUGCUCGAGAAUGCUACCAGUGAGAUGGGAGCACGUAUGUCUGCCAUGGACAGUUCUACUCGCAAUGCUGGUGAGGUGCUUGACCGCUUGACUCUAAGUUACAACAGAUCGCGUCAAGCCUCUAUUACCACGGAGCUUAUUGAGAUCAUCUCUGGUGCUGCUGCAUUAGAGGGUUAGUUUGGUUCUAAACAAAUGCAUCCGAUUUCUUGACUAAGUCUGAUAGUGGCUGACUUGAGCAUAUGGCUCUCCUGCUGGACAUUUAGUUUUCUAGUCAUUAUGGGGAUGUCAGCAGUUCGGAAGAUUUUCCAGAUAGUAGUUCAUUGAAGCAUUUAUGUUCUAUCUUUGUGGAUACAUGCCUUAAGAACUCUAACUGUGAAUCGGUGUUCAAAUGCUGUCCUAGAACUAGGAUUUCUAGGGCUUUUUCUUGUUUCAAUUGUUGAACGGAGUUUCCUGUAGUGGAUCUUCUGAGUAAGUACCCACCUGGGAUUGAUGUAGUGAGUCAGGACUUCAUUACUAGUUUUUGACCGAUCAGUGUCGUGUAGCUCGAGGAGAUAAUCGUUUGACCUGUGAAAGUUGGUACGCCAUAUGUUGCUUCUGGUGGUGCUACAAAGCAUUUAUGGACAUAUCAGUAAUAAGAUGUGGAGGCAGGAUGCUCUAUCUAGUUGCCCUUUCCCAUUAGAUUUCCAAAAUAAAAGUGGUUCAGCUUCAUCUCCUCGUGGCGAAUGGUCAAGAGGAGUUAAUUUUGAGUAGAUCACCUGGAUGCUUUAGCUCUGAUACAAAAGAGUAAAGCGUAUGGCAUCUAUCCGGGCAUUUGGUUGUGAGUUGAUGUAGCAGUUCUUGUCCUGCAUUUGAUCUGCUGUUUCUAGGACUUUCAGAAUCCACCACCUUUCACUCCUGGUAGAA